UUAUAUUGUGACCAAGUAAGUUUGAUGACAAAAUUAGUUAUUAUGGAAUAGUUGAUGAUGAUGUAUUUAAGUAGCACACGAACUACGAAGCAACUCUUGUCAUAAAUCAAAAUCACAAUCGAUUCGAGCCUCGCGGACGUAAAAUAAUGUUCGUGGAUUAUUCAUCAUCUAUUUGGCGGCAGCGGCAGUGUUGGUACCACUGCCGCCACCRAUAUCACAUAAUUCUCGGACACCAGAUUUAUUGUGCAUUCAUAGGACAUUAGAUAACAAAUAGCGUGCGUUCAGUUCGAGUUUCGAUUUCGAGAAACGUCAGUUUCAGACUUUCAGUGUUGUGUACUUACUACUUGUUCGAUACGACUUAACGCUUGUGUUCACCUCUUCUCAGAUCUCUGACGACAAUCCAACUUACGAUUUGAACAAUUUAAAAUUUUAUAUYUGACGGCCAACGAUGAGUUUUUCACAAAAAGUUGGCGGAAGCAGUACUUCUUAUAUGUCACCAACUAUAAGUACUAAGGAAUUCACAUUAAGAGUACCCAAGAGCUCUGAUGUAAAAUAUCAGAUGAUGAAAUUCAAUAGUAACUUAAACAUUGACUUUGACAAAUGGUCUCACGCUAAGAUGGAGAGAGACACCAAUAAAGUAGAUGGAAAAAUUGCAGAAGAAGAUAUGCCCAAAUUUGGGGCUGGAAGUGAAUUUGGUCGUGAAGCUAGACAAGAAGCAAGGAAAAGAAGAUAUGGAGGCAACAAAAAAGUAUCAGAAUCUAGUCCUUGGACAUUGAAAGUUGGGGGAAAAAAAUUUAGGGGUGUGCGCGAAGGAGGAAUAACUGAUAAUUCUUCAUAUUACUUAUUUACUCAUGGAGAAGAUGGUAUAAUUAUUGCACAUAAACUAGAAGAGUGGUAUAACUUUCAACCAGUACAAAGAUACAAAACAUUAACUUCUGAAGAAGCAGAAGAAGAAUUUGGAAGACGCAAUAAAGUUUUGAAUCAUUUUACUCUCAUGGUACAAAAAAGACUUAAAAAUGAAGAAGAAGAAGUUGAUGAAGAUGAUAAAACUAAAGGGAAAAAAACAGUAAAAAGUCGUAAAAGCAAAGAACUCAAAAUAUCAGAAAUGGAAGAAUGGGAAGAAAGUGAAGAAGACGAGUCUGAAGAAGAAGAACWGGACGAAGAAAAAAUUGAAAAGAAAAAGAAACAAAAACAAAAAAGCAAAGUCAAAGCUAAACCAAAAAAAAAGGCGAAAGGAUCUGACGAAUCAGCAACUGAAGAAAGUGAUGAUGGUGAUGAAGAAGGCAGAGAGUUGGAUUAUAUAUCUGAUUCUUCAGACGAAGUGUCAGACGAUGAAGCUAAAGUUACUAAAGAAAUGCAGGGAGUUUCAGAAGAAAAGGCAUUACAUAGUCUAUUGACAUCUGAUGAGGACGAAGAUGAAGAUGCAGAAAAGAAAGAAGAAAAUAAAGAUGAACAAAAUAAUACUGAUUUGGAAGAAGAAGACAAGACUAAAAAAGAAGAAAAUAAACCCAAGCAAUCUUCACCAAAUAAGAAAAAGAAGAAAAACACUGAUAAAAAAUCAAAAAAAGAAACAGAUUCAGACAGUGAUAGUUCUGUAGAUAGUUCAGAUAUAGACAGUGAGCCKAUUAGAAAGAGACCAUUUAGUUUAGUUGAUGGAAUGAAAAACAAUGAUCUAAUUAGCUUCCCAAGUGAUUCAUYAAAUCAAAGCAUGGAACCAGCCCAGAAAAAAGCUAAAGUCGAAUUUUCACCAGUCACAAUUUCUGAUACGCAUGGCAUAACUGAGGAGGCUGUCCGUCGAUAUUUGUCACGAAAACCAAUUACAACAACUCAACUCGUGACCAAGUUUAAAAGUCGUUCUAAUUUAAGUUCUGAGCAAUUGGUUAGGAUUAUAGCAUUAUUGUUAAAGAGAAUCAAUCCUGAAAAAAAAAUGAUAAAAAACAAAAUGUACUUAUCAUUAAAACACUAAAAAUCCUUAUCAAAACCAUAUUUAAUCAUAGAUUUAUUUUGUACUUAAAUUUUGCUCACGCAAUGUCACAAGCACUAGUAGUAAAGAAACAAGCGCUGUUUUGAUUAUUUGAUUUGACUUUCUAUGUAUGAUCUUCUUAUAGGUCAGUGACUGAUGUUACUAUAUUAAAUUGUGAUUCAUAGUCAAUUCAUAAUAUUUUUUGAUUGUUAAAUUUUUUUUAUCAUGAUAUUAAGUUACUUAAAAAAAUUGUAAAGUAAUUUGUUUAUGCAAAAUUAAUUAUAUUUUUUUAAGAGGGGACCAUAUCCGUAUUGACCAUAUUUGUUAUUUUUGUCUUUUAACUAUGUAGCAUAGAAACAUGUUUUAUAGUAGUUCUUAUUUUAGUCAAACUAAUGUGAACUGUUGAACAUAAACUUUUGUUACAUAGUUGCAAAAUAGAAAAAUAAUAUGAAUGUGGGGUCCUCUUAAGUAAUACUAAAGACAGCAAAUAUUGAUUAUUAUACUUGUAUUAUCUUGUUAAGGAAUUAUUUUUAUCAUUUUUAAAAACAAAUUCUAAAU